AUGAAGAAAGAACGUCAUGAGCAUUUAUUAAAUGAAUAUUCAAAAAUCAUUGGAAUCUAUGUCGAACUUGAUGAUUUAUGCCAAUCGAUUAAAGAACAAGUCGAUCUCGUCAAUAGACAAAUUCAAACUUUUUCAUUUUUUGAUCAACAUGAAAAGUCAACAGCAUUUCUUUGGUUCCAACUAUUUAAUUAUGCCGUUGGUCAUCUUCCACGAAGUCAACAGGCAAAACAACAAAUGGUUCGAAUAUGCAAAGACUACUAUCGUGGCAAUAAAAUCGAAAUAAAACUAAUUGAAGAAUUUGAAAAAACGUAUCGGUCAGAAUAUGCACUACUUUGGUAUUCAAAACAGUCGUUUAUUUAUAAAUUGAUAAAUAAAGCAUUAAGAACAGAAGAUGUUGAUCUCUUAUACAUAUUUCGAUUUUUCAUUGGUGAUCUUUCGACAGCUUUGCAGCAAGAACAUGAGAAGAUUCUAUCAUCGAAAGGUAAAAUCCUGAAUGUUUAUCGAGGAACUAAACUUGAUAAGGAAGAAUUUGAGAACUUAAAAGAAAAUCAAGGUAAACUUAUUUCAGUUAAUGGAUGCUUAUCUACAAGUUGGAGAAAAUCAUUAGCAGUGCACUUGGCGAAGAAAUCUACGAAAAGAACUGAUGUUAUUCCUGUUCUUUUUCAUAUUCAAUGCGAUAUUAAGCAUAUUAAUAGAAAUAUAAUUUUUGCUGAUAUUAGUGAAUUUAGUGAAUAUAGAAAAGAAGCAGAAGUUUUAUUUGAUUUAAACGCUUGUUUUCUGAUUGAAUCCAUUGAAAAACAGGAAUCAUUAAAUAUUAUUGAAAUGACUCUAUCAAAUGAAGGACAAAAAAUAACGGAAGAUUUUCUUGAACUAACAAAAAGAGAAACAGAAGAACUUAGCGUUUCGAUUGUAGUUGGAAGAUUAUUAUGUGACUUAGGUGAAUAUGAUAAAUCAAAAAAAUACUUUGAACAAUUAUUGAAUGAUUCACCGAAAGAAGAUUGUGCUUGGGUUGAAUUUAAUAUUGGCCGAGCUCUUUCUUUUAAAUGUGAAUGGAGUCAAGCUCGAGAAUAUUAUAAUCGUGCAUAUGAUCUGAUGAUGAAAGAUAAACUAGCAAGAAUCAAAGAUUCAGCUUGGGUCCUCAACAAUAUCGGUGCUAUUCUUAGGAAUCAAAAAAGUACGAUGAAGCCCUGA